AUGGAGCCGUCCGGCUCCUUGCCCCCGCCUUCCCCGUACACCUUCCCGGUCAUUCCCAACUUGUCCCUGCCUUCCUCGGCUCCGUCCACCUCCCCCAGCCUGGCCUCCACGGCCCUGUUCUGCUCCCUGCUCUCCCUGCUGUCCCUGCUGGGCAUCAUCGGGAACCUGUACACGCUGGUCCUCCUUCUGAGGCGCAGGAGGAGCAGGAGGAGAAGCGGAGUGGGACCGAUCUGCUGCUUCUUGAGAGUCGCCGCCCCCCCCUGCCUGUCCGGCCCCUCCUCCGGCUCCCCUUCCUCCUCCCCCCUCUCCUCUUCCCCCCCCUCGUCUUCCCUCCACCUCCAGGUGCUGAGCCUGGCCCUGGCGGACCUCCUCUACCUGUUCACCGCCCCCUUCAUCGUCUACGACAGCCUGGCGUCCGGCUGGGCCUUCGGCGAGCUGGGCUGCCGCCUCCUCCUGAGCCUGGACCUCCUCACCAUGCACGCCUCCAUCUUCACGCUGACCGCUAUGAGCCUGGACCGCUACCGGGCCGUGGCGCACCCCCUGCACACCUCCUCCACCAACUCCUCGGGCCUGCUGAGAGUCAGCUUAGCCUGGGGGCUGGCCGUGGCGCUGAGCCUGCCCAUGAUGAUCACCCUGCACCUGGAGGACGGGGAGAACCAGGAGGGCCAGCUGUGCGUGCCCGCGUGGGACGAGCAGAGCUCCAAGGCCUACCUGAGCGUGCUCUUCUGCACCAGCAUUCUCGGCCCCGGCCUGGCCAUCGGAGCUCUCUACGCGACGCUGGGCCGCCUUUACUGGGUGUCUCAAACACGGGCCCCGUGGGGCGCCGGGACCGGCACUGCUUGCCCCGCCCGAGCUCCGAAACCCAAAGUUCUGCUCCUCAUUCUGGGCAUCGUCCUGGCCUUUUGGGCCUGCUUCCUCCCAUUCUGGAUCUGGCAGCUCCUGCCUCUGUACCAGCCCGACAUGCUGAGGACGGUACCGGUGGGCACGCAGGUGACGGUCAACCGCAUCCUCACCGGGCUGACCUACGGAAACUCUUGCGUCAAUCCCUUCUUCUACACGCUGCUGACCGGCAAGAGGAGGCGCAACCGGCAGACGCUGACCUCGGCAAAUCAGCUCUGCCGCAAAAGCAGUCCGCUGCAGUAG